AGAGACUAGUCGGAGAAUAGAUCAGUCUGUUUAUACCGUCUACAAAUGUACUCGGAUUUGCCAAAUACCUUAUUCAAAACCUUGAUUUUUUWAAACAUAAAUUUCAUCUCUUUGGAUCUAUGCUUGGCUCACUUUCGAUGGAAAUAUGUCUUUACCAAAUAGAAGGAGCUCUAUUGUGACGUAUUUAGUGCUUGUGCUGCUCGAGUGUUACUGGGAAGCGGUGUCUGGGCAGCUCUCCUACUCCGUCUCAGAGGAGGUAAACCCGGGGACUUCUGUGGGAAAUAUCGCUAAGGAUCUAAACCUCAAUGUUCUGGAGUUGGAGUCUCGUAUGUUCCAGAUUGUCACCGGAUCCAAGAGAAAGUAUUUCGCGGUAAAUCUAAAGACUGGUGUUCUAUAUGUGAAUGAGAGAAUAGACAGAGAGGAGCUCUGUGCGAAGUCUUCGAAAUGUACUGUCAGUGUAGAGGCCAUUAUCAACAAUCCGUUGAAGCUUUACCGUGUAGAAAUUAAUAUUUUAGAUACAAAUGAUAAUGCACCGACUUUCACUGCUAAAUCACAAAGUAUAGACAUUGCAGAGAGCACGUUGUCUGGGGUUAAAUUCCCCCUACUAUCGGCCUAUGAUAAUGAUGUGGGGAAGAACGGUAUCAAWACAUACAAGCUUAGUACUAAUGAACAUUUUUCCAUAGUGUUGCAUAAAGGAGAAGAGAGUGUGUCUGCUGAGUUAGUGCUGCAGAAAGCUAUAGACCGAGAGAAACAGCCUGUGAUCCAGCUCACCCUGACCGCUGUAGACGGAGGAYACCCUCCGAAGUCUGGCACUUCAGACAUAAUAAUUAAUGUGCUGGAUAAUAAUGAUAACACCCCGGUGUUUAKAAAAUCCUUGUAUAAGACUCGAAUUUUGGAAAAUGUGCCGAUUGGGACAACAUUAUUAACUCUUAACGCGACAGACGCCGAUGAAGGAACGAACAGUGAGAUAAUAUAUUCUCUGAGCAAAAAAGAUCAGGACCAUAUUCUAGAUGUUUUCUACAUUGACCCAAAUACAGGGACUUUAACAAUUAAAGGCGAUAUAGAUUUUGAGGAACACCCUGCCUUUGAGAUKCGMGCMCAGGCGAGUGACAGAGGCCAGCCCCCGAUGGCAGCGCACUGUAAAGUGCUGGUAGAAGUGGUGGACCUCAACGACAAUGCCCCUGAGAUCACUGUGACGUCACUCUUAGACACAGUGAAGGAGAAUGCCAAAGUUGGCACUGCCAUUGCUCUCGUGUCAGUCCUCGAUAAAGAUGGUGGAAAAAACGGAGUGGUUCAUUGUAAGGUUAAAAAUGAGGUCCCUUUUAAGUUAGAAACGAACUAUAAKAAUUAUUAUUCUUUAGUGGUCGAUGGGCCUCUUGACAGAGAGAGUGAUUCUCAUUACAAUGUCAACAUAAUAGCUACGGAUGAAGGGACCCCGCCUCUCUCCAGCACCAGCGUUAUUACUGUGCACGUUUCUGAUGUGAAUGACAACGCUCCUCGCUUCUCAGAACCCGUUAUUAAUGUUUAUGUGAAAGAGAACAGUCAAAUAGGCGAGAUAAUCACAACAGUGUCUGCAGUUGAUGUUGACGUCAGUGAAAAUGGUCAGGUGACCUACUCAUUCUUAGAGAUUAACAGRAACUCAGUACCGCUGUCUACAAUGGUCAAUAUAAACACAGAUACAGGAGAUAUAGUCAGCCUGCAGUCUUUUAACUAUGAGGAGAUACAAACUUUCAAUUUUAAAGUUCAGGCCACAGACUCUGGUGUUCCUCCACUCAGCAGCAACGUGACUGUGAACGUUUUUAUCCUGGAUGAUAAUGACAACAGUCCUGGGAUUCUCGCGCCCUAUUCUGAYCACGGCWCCGUUAACACUGAGAACAUUCCCUAUUCUGCUGAAGCGGGCUACUUUGUGGCCAAGAURAGGGCUGUAGACMCCGACUCUGGCUACAAUGCGCUGCUUUCUUAUCACAUCUCUGAGCCCAAGGGAACCAACCUCUUCCGAAUCGGAACCAGCACAGGAGAACUUAGGACUAAGAGGCGAAUGAGUGACAGUGACCUGAAAAUUCACCCGUUGGUCGUGUUGGUUUCUGAUAACGGAGAACCCUCACUGUCAGCGACUGUGUCUAUUGAUGUAGUGGUGGUUGAAAGUGCAGGUGAAAUCCAGACUGAAUCCAGAAACYUACCAAGAAAGGAGGAGAGCUUCUCUGAUUUAAACUUGUAUUUGCUGAUCGCCAUUGCCUCGGUGUCAGUGAUAUUUUUCCUGAGCCUCAUCAGUUUAAUAGCUGUAAAAUGCUUCAGGACAGACGACAGUUUUAAAAGGUACGGSGCCCCAAUGAUCACCACACACCCUGACGGGAGCUGGUCUUACUCUAAAUCUACUCAGCAGUAUGACGUGUGUUUCAGCUCAGACACACUGAAGAGUGACGUAGUGGUUUUCCCCGCACCGUAUCCACCUGCAGAUGCAGAACUGAUCAGUAUUAAUGGAAAUGACACGUUUGACAGGACUCAGACAUUACCCAACAAGGACAAGUGUUACUGGGAAGCGGUGUCCGGGCAGCUCUCCUACUCCGUCUCAGAGGAGGUAAACCCGGGGACUUCRGUGGGAAAUAUCGCUAAGGAUCUAAACCUCAAUGUCCUGGAGUUGGAGUCUCGUAUGUUUCAGAUUAUCACCGGGUCGAAGAUGAAUUAUUUCGAGCAUUUUUCCUUAGCGGUGCACAAAGGAGGCGAGAGUGUGUCUGCUGAGUUAGUGCUGCAGAAAGCUUUAGACCGAGAGAAGCAGCCUGUGAUCCUGCUCACCCUGACCGCUGUAGAUGGUGGAAACCCAGCAAGGUCAGCGGGCUACUUUGUGGCCAAGAUCAGGGCUGUAGACUCCGACUCUGGCUACAAUGCGCUGCUUUCUUAUCACAUUUCUGAGCCCAAGGGAACCAACCUCUUCCGAAUCGGAACCAGCACCGGGGAACUACGGACUAAGAGGAGAAUGAGUGACAAUGACCUGAAAACUCACCCGUUGGUCGUGUUGGUUUCUGAUAACGGAGAACCCUCACUGUCAGCGACUGUGUCUAUUGAUGUAGUGGUGGUUGAAAACACACUGAAGAGUGACGUAGUGGUUUUCCCCGCGCCGUAUCCACCUGCAGAUGCAGAACUGAUCAGUAUUAAUGGAAGUGACACGUUUGACAGGACUCAGACAUUACCCAACAAAGAGAAGUGUUACUGCAAAGCGGUGUCCGGGCAGCUCUCCUACUCCGUCUCAGAGGAGGUAAACCCGGGUACUUCUGUGGGAAAUAUCGCUAAGGAUCUAAACCUCAAUGUCCAGGAUUUGGAGUCGCGUUUGUUUCAGAUUAUCACCGGAUCGAAGAGAAAGUAUUUCGAGGUAAAUCUAAAGACUGGUGUUCUCUAUGUGAAUGAGAGAAUAGACAGAGAAGAGCUCUGUGCGGAGGAUCUGAAAUGUACAGUCAUCGUAGAGGCCGUUAUAAACAAUCCGUUGAAGCUUUACCGUUUAGAAAUGAUUAUUGUAGAUGUUAAUGAUAACGCUCCGUCGUUUAGUGCGAAAUCACAAACUAUAAACGUCGCUGAGAACACUUUACCUGGAGUUAAAUUCACUUUAUCAGAGGCUUCUGAUUUGGAUGUUGGUAAGAAUACUGUAAGCACAUACAAGCUUAGUCGUAAUGAAUACUUCUCUCUUGACAUACACAAUGGAGGAGAGAGCGUGUCUGCUGAGUUGGUGCUGCAGAAAGCUUUAGACCGAGAGAAACAGCCUGUGAUACAACUCACACUGACCGCUAUAGAUGGAGGAAAUCCACAGAGGUCUGGGACGUCACAGAUUGUAAUUCAUGUUUUAGAUAUUAAUGAUAACCUUCCGGUGUUUACUAGCUCUUUGUAUAAGACUCAAAUUCCCGAGAAUGUGCCCAUAGGAACAAAGCUAUUCACUGUGAACGCGACUGAUGCCGAUGAAGGUACAAAUAGUGAGAUUGUCUACUCUCUUAGGAAUAAAGAUCAAGACCGUAUUCUAGAUAUAUUCGAAAUCGACCCCAACUCUGGCGUUAUAACAGUAAAAAGCAAUAUUGACUUUGAGGAAAGAAAGGCGUUUGAGAUCCGUGUAGAGGCAAGCGACAGAGGCCAGCCCCCGAUGACAGCACACUGUAAAGUAUUGGUAGAAGUGGUGGACCUCAACGACAAUGCUCCUGAGAUCACUGUGACGUCACUCUUAGACAGAGUGAAGGAGAACGUUAAGGUUGGCACUGCCAUUUCUCUCGUGUCAGUCCUCGAUAAAGAUGGUGGCAAAAACGGGGUUGUACAUUGUGAAGUUGAGAAUAAAGUCCCCUUUAAAUUGGAGACAAACUAUAAAAACUAUUAUUCGUUAGUUGUAGAUGGGCCUCUUGAUCGAGAGACCGCUUCUCAUUAUAAUGUCACCAUCACAGCUAAGGAUGAAGGGACCCCGCCUCUCUCCAGCACCAGCGUUAUUACUGUGGAGGUUUCUGAUGUGAAUGACAACGCUCCUCGCUUCUCAGAAACCGUGAUUAAUGUUUAUGUGAAAGAGAACAGUCCGAUAGGCGAUGUCAUUAAAACCGUGUCUGCAGUUGAUGCUGACGUCAGUGAAAAUAGUCAUGUGACCUACUCAUUCUUAGAGAUUAACAGCAACUCAGUACCGCUGUCUACAAUGGUCAACAUAAACACAGUGACAGGAGAUAUAGUCAGCCUUCAGGCUUUUAACUAUGAGGAGAUAAAAACAUUCCGUUUUAAAGUUCAGGCUACAGACUCUGGUAUUCCUCCGCUCAGCAGCAACGUGACUGUGAACGUUUUUAUUCUGGAUGAGAAUGACAACAGUCCUGUAAUUCUCGCGCCCUAUUCUGAGCACGGCUCCGUUAACUCUGAGAACAUUCCCUAUUCUGCUGAAGCGGGCUACUUUGUGGCCAAGAUCAGGGCUGUAGACUCCGACUCUGGCUACAAUGCGCUGCUUUCUUAUCACAUCUCUGAGCCCAAGGGAACCAACCUCUUCCGAAUCGGAACCAGCACCGGGGAACUHKGGACUAAGAGGKGAAUGAGUGACAAUGACCUGAAAACUCACCCGUUGGUCSUGUUGGUUUCUGAUAACGGAGAACCCUCACUGUCAGCGACUGUGUCUAUUGAUGUAGUGGUGGUUGAAAAUGUGUAUAAGAGACAGGAGCUGGUCUUACUCUAA